AUGGAUCCAACUGUUCUUGAAAAAUUAGAAGAAAUUCACGCUUCUUGCACCGAGUUUAUGAACAAUUAUCAGGCAACUUUUAAUUUACCAACCAAAUUUAAAACUAAAAGGAAAAACGAACUUAAGGGUGAGUUAAAACUUGUAUUAGAUGAUAUCAACAAUAUCCACAAGUUUUGUAAAGAUGAUAAUUCACUUAAGGCAGCUCAAGAGAUGUUAGAUCCUGUAAGGACUAUGAUCAAUAAGAUUUUGAAGCCAAAAGUAAUUAUUACUUGUUCACCAACGAUCUCCCGUGCCGGAAGUCCAUCCAAUAGUUUUGCAACAAAUUUUGUCCGUGCUGUUGCUGCUACAGAUUCUACUCAAACUAACGGUGCUGCUACAAAUUCCGUCGCUAAAACUUCUGCUACAUCCAACAAAGUCCGUAUCAAUAUUACUUCAAGAAAUUCUCUCCGUAUUACAAUCCCUGCUAUUUCAAGUUCCAUCAAUUCUAUAAAUCCUGCUACCAAAAAAAUCCGUACUGAUCUUAAUAAUAAUACAAGUUUGGGUAAAAGAAAAAGUUCUAGAGGAAGAAAAAAAAGAAAAACCAAUUAA